CAAUGCAGGAAAGAUUAAAGAAAUACAGAGUGCAGAGGGGUAGACUCAGCCCCCUGGGGGCUCCUCUCCCUCCACGUGCUGCCCUUACACCCCUCAAAUGACCACAGGGACACACGAGGCCGGUUGUUUCCCUUUAUUGCACACCACCAUACGUGAUCUGCUCUGCGCAUCCUCAGUUCUCACCGAUUUUCUGCCAAAGACAAAAGGAUGAGACCGUGGUCAGGCCUUCACGUGGAGAAGGGCGGAGAGAACACGCACCAAGAGCUCUGCUCUCACCUCGUUGAUCCAGUCGAUGUAGGCGGACACCCUUGUGAAGACUGUUGGUUUCUUGGCGACGUUGCAGCCCCAGGCAGAGCCGAAGCUGACGAUGCCGUGCACCUCCCACACGUCGUUCCGUUGGCAGUUCAGAGGGCCACCCGAAUCCCCCUACCCAGGCAGGGCGCCGUGUUACACUCAUACACCCCACAGCUCCCCAUCUCCAUUCUUCCAACCUCACCGCAGCCAUUGGGGAUGGCCGGCAGUCCCCUCACUCACGUUGCAUGCCCCGACCUGGCCGUCACCACCAGCACACACCAUGCAAGGUGUCACCAGGUCGCCCCACCAGUCUCUCUGUGAGCACGUUGCGUAGUCCACCACGGGCAGCACGGCCUGCUGCAAGACCUCCGCCAGCGGCCCGUUAGCUGCAAUGACAGCCUCAAGUUGCAACCAUGUCCAAUGCUGCCCCAUUCAGUUCCCUCUGUGUCACCCCUCUUACUCCAGAGGGUUCCCCAGCCAGUGACCACGCACGGGUAGCCGUUCUCCAGCUCCAGCCCGCUCGGUGGCAGGCUGACAGCCUGGAUGGUGUCACUCUCUUCCACUGGCUCUGACAACUUGAUCAAUGCAAUGUCAUUGCUGCAAUGACAAAACCCCGUUGCUGCAAUGACAAAACCCCAUAUAACACAGCCAACCAAACCCUGUAGAGAGCCACCAACCAAACCUUGUAGAGGAUCGCCAACCAAACCCCAUAGAAAACCAUCAACCAAACUGAAUAGAAUGCCUCCAACCAAACCCUGUAGAGAACCACCGUUCAAACCCUGUAGAGCACCACCAACCAAACCCCUUAGAGUGCCUCCAACCAGACCCUGCCCAUCCCACAACAGUCCACUGCCAGACCCAUCCUCACACCCAGCCUUGGGUUGGCACACCCCUCCCUCCCCCCUUUGCUGCCCUACGUGAUAAGGAUGGAGUCAUAAUCCUCGUGCACAAUGAAGUCCUCCACCUCAGCCACCACCUCGCCGUCUUCUUCCUCUGACAGGUUGUGCUUUCCCAGCACCACGCGGUACGUCAGGCUCGAGCUGCCGAUGGCCAUCAGCAUGAGGGCAGACGUGGGGGUUUCUGUCCCCCAUGGAUGCCCCCCAACCCUACCUGUAACAGUGUGCAGCUGUCAGCACCCAGCAGGGAGAAAUGAGGAUUCCUCCACAGGUGUGGCUCCAGCCACCAUAGUAUUUGUACUGCAGUGAGACCUGGACGGCGGCACGGAGUCAGGACAGGUGGUGGCCACCCAUCCCCGUGUGACCAACAGUGGAGAUGGAGCCCAGGUGGCACACAGUCCCCCUUACCUGCCACGGCCAGCUGUGAGGAGUGGCUUCCUCACCGCCCACCACACGAUAGCCUAACACCGGUUGCACUGCCGGCUGCCCGCAUCCAUAGGCUUUGUGACACCAAGCAUGGGGACAUCAGCAUGGGCACGGCCACCAGCCCCACAGACUCCCCCCUCCUCAUGCCCUCACCCACCGUAGCCCAGCAGGACGGCGAGACACACAGCCCCCAGCAUGGUUGUAGGCUUCCAGUGUGGCAGAAGCAAGGAGCCCACCGUCUUGUAUAUGUUUGCUGAGCCACCUCCAGCCGUUGGGAACGUGGCCUUCAGCCUGCUAACAGGUGGCCAAAUCCCACAGCCUGUGUGCCCACCUUGUGCUAUGUCUUAUCGGGACCCACCUGGGAAUGGAUACACCUGUCCCAUGUACAACCCCACAGAUGUGGCCCUGACCGUGACCCCAGCCACGCGGGGAAGUGGGGGUCCCACACUGACACCCAACCCUGGGCAUGGAUAAGCACAACACUUAGGGAAUAGAAUAUUUAUUUGGGAUUUAAAAAGAAAAAGAAAAAAAAGAAAGAAAACAACACGGCAAAGAACACAUCCAUAGGACAGAAUGGAAGCAGCUGUUGAGACAACACCUUUGUGGGACAUCACAGCAUCGGCACAACCACUGCUGCAGGGACAGCAGGUUAGACGCCGUCCCUUGGGGUGCUUAGAAGACAGACAGACAAAAAAUAAAGCUUCUCUCCCCUCGGUGGCCUUUAUGGGUGUCUAUUUUUUCUUCUGCUUUUCACAUGCAGCCUUUGUACUACUGUGCUGAAAACGGGCUUCACUGUGUCUUUGCUACUCCUGUUUUGCCCUUUAUCUGUUGAUGCAGCUCAUACAGCUGUCAUGAGAAACCUCACUGAAGUUGGAUAAGAGAAAAACAGAGAUGGUUUUGUUCUGCCCUUGCAGUGGUGUAGCUGCAAGCUGUGGUCCUUAAGGGGAACCAGAGCAGUUGAAUUCUAAUGUGCAAUUGGAAGGGGCAGAAGGAGAGAGAUGAUUUUGCCAUGCCAUGACAGGUGUGAGCACUGCGGAACGCUUCUCCAUCUCAGUCCAAGGUGAGAGUCAGCGAUUUGGGAUGUCUCCAGCAGCAGCCCAUGGUUCAUCUGUUGACAGGGGUGACCACAGACUGGUGUACCAGCUGCGAGCAGACCCUUGUGGGCACUGCCUGAUCUUCAACAACGUCAACUUCAGCACAGACUCCGAUCUGUCAGCUCGGGCUGGCUCUGACAUAGACUGUGAGAAGCUGGAGAAGCGUUUCAAGUCCUUGUGCUUCCACGUCCGGACCCUGAGGAACCUCAAAGCUCAGGAAAUUGAUCUGGAGCUGCGGAAGCUGGCACAGCUCGACCACAGCACCCUGGACUGCUGCCUUGUUGUCAUCCUCUCCCACGGCUGCCAGACAAGCCAUAUUCAAUUUCCCGGAGGGAUUUAUGGAACAGAUGGCAAAACCCUUCCAAUUGAAAAGAUUGUGAACUAUUUCAAUGGGUCCCAGUGCCCAAGUUUGAGAGGAAAACCCAAACUCUUCUUCAUCCAGGCGUGUGGAGGAGAAGAAAAGGACCAUGGAUUUGAGGUGGGCUGUGAAUCACCCCAAGAUGAAACUUGCCGAGGUUGCGUAGAGUCGGAUGCGAUUCCUUUCCAGGCUCCAUCGGGGAGUUUGGACGAGCCGGACGCCGUUGCCAGUUUGCCCACUCCUGGUGACAUCUUGGUGUCCUACUCAACCUUUCCAGGUUUUGUGUCCUGGAGGGACAAGGUGAGUGGCUCGUGGUAUGUGGAAACCCUGGACAGUGUGCUGGAACAUUAUGCCCGUUCUGAAGACCUGCUAACCAUGCUGCUCCGGGUGUCAGACAUCGUGUCCACCAAGGGGAAGUACAAGCAGAUCCCAGGCUGUUUCAACUUUCUACGUAAGAGAUUCUUCUUCCUGUGCAAAUGAUGUGGGGUUGUCGAUGUCCCAGUCAACGUGAGGGACAGCUUCCCUGUGGCUGGAUGAAAGCUGUCCCUGCUGUGACUUGAACCAGGUGCUCCUGGUGACUGCUGUCUGGCUUUGGAGGGGUCUCUGCUGAGAAACGCAAUCUGUGAGUGCUGUGGUUGGGGUGAUCACCCCCAAGAUGAGGAGUGGCCCUGUCCCAACCUGCAGGGACAAUCUGUUGUAGGGAAGAUGCCGUAGCAGGGGUGUUGGGCUUGAUGCUCUCCAAAGGUACCUUGCAACCCCUGUGAUUCUAUGCCAGUGGUGGGAAGGGGGAAGGGAUGUGUGUUGGAAUCCCCAGAGUGUGCCAGCCCAGUGAUCGCACUGUGGAGUGAGGGCCUCCAGCUGUGCUGUGGCUGUGCUCUCCUUCCUGGUGCGACUGCAGUGGAUUGGAGGAGUGAAUGGAACCAAUGGCUGGAGUCAAUGGAAAUACAUGAUUUUUGCAACAAGGGAUUUUUCGGUUUGAGCGAAACAAAAGCCAAGAGGAAAAAAAACAAACACAGAAACUUUUGCUUUGUA